AUGUGUGUGCGCGUACGUGUGUAUGUGCGUGUGUACGUUCGUGUGCGCGUGCGUGUGCGCGUGCGUGUGCGCGUGCGUGUGCGCGUGCGUGUGCGCGUGCGCGUGCGUGUGCGCGUGCGUGUGCGCGUGCGUGUGCGCGUGCGCGGUUUGAAAGGUGUCAUACAGGCCCGAUACUGUUGGCAGGUGGACGCGCGCGACGCGGACGGCGCGACGCCGCUGGCGCUGGCGGCGGCGGAGGGUCACACGAACGCGGUGGCCAUGCUGCUGGAGCGCGGAGCGGCCCACGACGCCGCCGACGCCAAGGGGCUGACGCCGGUCUUCCGCGCCGCCGCCGCGGGCCACGAGCGCGUGCUGCAGCUGCUCCUCGACAAAGCGUUGGGUGAUCGUCUAUUAGCGGCGGGCGCGGGCGAGGAGGGCGGCGCGGUGUCGCUGGUGGCGCACGCGGCCAAGGCGGGCCAGUGGGGCGCCGUGCGGCUGCUGCUGGAGCGCGGGGCCAAAGCAUCGCAGGGCGAGAGCCCGCUGGCGUUGGCUGCGCGCGCGGGGCAGGGCGGCGCCCUGCGGGAGCUCCUGCGGCGCGGCGCCCUCGCCUUCGACGACGAACAG